AUGUCCAUCGAUUUAAAUAAUUUACCUGACGAAACUCUUUUUCUUGCAAAUGAUGAAUUUUAUGAAUUUAUUAAAACUUGCUUAGGUGACGAUGAAAUGUUGUUAUUCAAAAUACAGUCUAUCAAAAAUAUCAGAGCAUUACUUAAUAUUCCAGAUGUUUUUGCUGUAGUUAAUAUAAAAUGCAAACAACUUGUUGAUAUUCAAGAUCGUAUAUGUUUUAUCGAUGAAAACAAUAAUAAUAAAUUUAUUGUAAAAGCAGGAGUCAAAGGUGGUGUUGAUGAUUUAUUAGUUGCACUUAAAGAAAAAACUACUGAAUAUAUCAAACGAACAAAACGUUUAAAAACAUCAUCACGUUCUUCGAACAAAAAUCAUUCUUCAACAUUUAAACUAUCAUUGAAUCAAUCAAAUUUGAAUUCUUCCAAUUCAACAUUAGUACAAGCAACAAGUAAUUCAACAUUAAAUGCACAUUCUAUUGAUUUAACAUUAACACCAUCAUUAGCCACCAGAUCAUUAAAUUUAGAUUCUGGUGAUUCAACAUCAGUACCAACAACAGAUGUUACAAUAACAAGUUUAGGUUCUAUCGAUUCAACACCAAUACCAACAACAACUACUACAGCAUCACAUUCUAUGUCAAUUAAAGAUUAUGUAGAUUUAAUUUCUACUAGUAUUGAAAAAUUUUCAUCAAAAAACUUUACCAAUAUUACUAUAGAAAACAAACAGGAUUAUACGAUAUUCUUAACUUUUCUGAAUAAGGAUAUAGAAGGAUACAUCAAAUGCAAAUGUAAUUCAUUGAUUAAAAUUAAUUAUCGAUCAAAAACAGAUUCAUUUCAACUAUCAUCAUAUUUCAAACAUACAAAGAGUAGUCAAUGCCUUAUGAUGAAGAAAAAAAGACAACAAUCAAAUAUAAAUUUAAAUGAAAUAAAUGGAUCAUCGAUUAAUUUUUCACAAAAUAGUGAUGAUGAUAUUGAAGAAGAUUUUGAUGAUAAUAAUUCAACAAAAUAUAACGAUAGUUUUCAAGCUGAAAUUAAUCAUUCAAUUUCACAAAAUUCAUCUGUUGUUGGAAAAAGACGAACUUUACGACAUUCAACAUCAUCGACAAUUAAAAAAAAAUCAAAAACAUGA